AUGUACCCCCUCUUCCCCACCAUCCCUUCCAAAAUUCUCACAUGCUUCGUGAAAAAAUCUAUAUGUUCUCACUCAAAGAACCCUGGUCGUCACCCCACCACCACCAUUGACGUCUCAUUCCCGACUAAAGAAUCCACAUAUCUAGCAAGGAAAGCAAACCCAAUUUUCUUUUGUUCUUUGAGACACAGGUGGACAACAUGUUGGGUAGAUGUGAAAAUCCAAGGGAACUUGAAGCAACGUGCAAAAAGAAAAACGAUUUAUGAUGACUACUCGGAGAGUGACCUGAAGGCAGCUACAAAUCAUCCAAUAAGAGAACUUUUGGAAAAUGAAAAGAAGUUGUAUUGUAUGUUUGGAGAGAUUGAAGUCCGAAUUGAGAUUAUUCUAGAGGGAGUACUUUGUUGCUAUGCUCCUCCUUUGCCACUUGGAACAGUUAUUGUUUGUAUUACAUGCAGUGAAAUCCGUGAAUUCGAGUACCUUGAAAAACAAAUCAGUAACCCUAGAGGAGGUGAUGAAGAAGAGUCGUGGUCUCAAUUGAUAGAGGGAUGGGCCUUGACCCCGAUUCUUAACUCUGGAGUUGGUGUCAACUUUCGUGACAUUAAUGGUUGGACUGCCCUUUACUAG